AUGGCAGCAGGUGCAGAACAAGAAAUAUACGAUGCAAUUAUUUUGGGCACGGGAAUAAAAGAGUCCAUCUUGGCGGGGCUACUGUCAAACUCAGGGGCAAAAGUUCUGCAGAUGGAUGCAUCCCCUGUGUACGGAUCCUCGUCUAGAACCAUUCAGUAUGCAGACUUUGUACAGGAAAUGAGGGCGAAGUAUCCUGCGCAGAUGCAGUUCAAGCAUGCAUUUGGGGAGCUGGAGGCAGCAAAAAUAUACAUAGAUCUUACGCCAAAGAUAUUUCUAGCGGAUGAAGGCCUCAUAAAGGUCAUUGCAGAGCACAAUCUGGCACACUGCAUUGACUUUUCAAUCAUCACCGAGCAGUAUAUAAUAAAAGACAACAGUGCGCCAAUUCUUAUUCCAACAACAAAGACUGCCGCACUUACCAGCCAGCUGUGCGGCCCCUUACAGAUGCUUAAGCUGCACAAGUUCGUGAACAUGAUAAAAGGCUUCUACAAUGCAACAGAAAGCGAAAAAGCUGCAAUUACAGCGCAAUGGAAGUGCGUGGAGGAGCUAUACAACUACUACGGGAUAUCGCAGUCUCUGCGGGGAAUAAUUGGGCACGGGAUAGCUCUUUAUCCCUCAAGCGGGUAUUUACAGGAGGAGCCUUCUGAGUUUAUACACCGCCUCACAACAUACUUUAAAAGUGUGGCCCGUAUUAACGGGGAGAAAACAGGGGGAAAUUCGCCCUUUCUGUAUCCAAAGUAUGGCAUCAGUGAAAUAUCACAGGGAUUUGCCAGACUCUCAGCAGUCAAGGGCGGUGUGACCCGAAUGGCUACAUCAAUACUUGCAAUGAAUAGGGAGGAAGACAGAUAUGCGCUGUCUCUUCGAUCAGAAGGAGAGCAAGAUGAUCUUGUAUAUGGGAAGACAAUAAUUGCAAACGAUCAGUACUAUGCGACUAUUCCAAACUCUGUCCGAAGGAAAGUCCGUACCGUGAGGGGCGUAUUCAUCCUUCACUCUCUUCCAAAUGCAAGAAGUAAGCAGGCAAUGAUUAUCACUCCAGGGCGUGCAGGGAUCUUCCUUCUUGUAGUAGGAAAAGACGAGGAGAUGUGCCCAGAAGGAUAUUCCAUAGCCUAUAUAACAGCAGAGUAUGAUGGGCCGGUGGAUGGUGUAGACCAAGUAAUUAGCUCCAUAGAAGUGCCUCCCUUCCUAAAGGAAAUAGCAGCACCGGCAGUUAACCAGAUAUACGCAUGGAAGUACUCUAUCAUGCAGCAGUUCCUGUGGAUUGAUGAAGCAUACGAAGGCAUAGAGAAGCUUGACCCAAAUGUAAUCUGCCUACAGCCCAUGGAUAACACAGUCGACUUUAGAUCUGUUCUAUCUGAGGUUCAGAGUGUGCAUAAGCUUUUUUCAACCCGCACCUCUGUCUAA